AUGAGUGUGACUACUGAUCGCAGCACGAGCACAACAGACACCACCACGCUUGGUGAGCUGCUACACGGCGGAUGCAAGUGGAACAGCGGCGUGGCUGUGGACAAUGGCCUUUUCCUGCCACGGCAUUUCAUGCAACUCGCCAUCCAUCUUCAUCGUCGAUCCAGCCGCAAUGAAUUCCACCACCGUGGCGGCCUCCAUGUGUCCAUGCCGCUCUUCUCCAUGGUGACAUUCAUUCAUGCACACCGGAGCAGCGACGCGUUCCACCCGCACAAACAGGAAAUACCUCGCCACCUUCAGGCAGAGGAAGAGUUCAACAAGUACACGUACACGGAGCUGGCGCUUCCGAGGGUCCUGCGGUCGAUCCCCGAUGAGGAGGUGGAGAUGAUGCAGAGACGCGUUGUGUUUGUGUUUGAGGAGUUCUUCAAGUCCCUCUCUACCCAAGUGCACACAGCGCUGGAGUCUGCCAGGAUCAACUUGUUCAGCGGCGACAACGCGGGGAAGAUGCAAGUGCAAGGGCUGGCGUACGGCACGCCCAAUGACACGCCACACGAUGUGAUGCAGGAGUCUGCAUGGUGCAACACCCCCGCCCACCGACGAAAGGCGGCCAAGGAUAAUACACCCAUGUGA